UGCAAAUGCGGGGCCACUGGAGAGAGUGGAAGGGCUGGAUUGGCUGCGAUUGAGCACUGAGGAGUUCCCUGAAAGAUGGCAGAUGAAGUCUCCCAUGCUGGAAAGGAAACCUGCAGUGAGCAGGCUAGAAGAAGCCAAGUCUCUGGUCCACGUUCACAGUUCCAGAGAAGCUUCAUCCAGAGAGUAACGUUGCUGGGAAGACUGCCCACCAGAUUUGUCCUCCAUCGAGAAAAGAAGCAGAAGGUUGCUGCUCUACUGGGGAUUGACCCAGAAGCCAUGAAGCCUCUUCCAGAGGGAGACUUAGACCAUUGCCUGCUGAGUAAGGUGGACCUCAGGCGACAGCAGGUUUCUCAGACUGUGGAGGAGGUACAGAGAGUCAUUCACCUUCUGACAGCAGAAAUCAGCCGCCAGGACAGUCGGUUCGAAGCCGUGCCCGCCUCUGACACACACAAUGACAGCAUUAAGGUUUUGGCCCCCAGCCUCUUCCACAUCACCGUCCCACUGAAAGGCCUCGCAGGGUACAAGGGGGUCCGGACGCAGCGCUGGCGGUACUACAACCUGCAGGGCACCAAGCUCACCUGCCCUUUGCGGGCCCCCGAAGGCCUGCAACAGUGGCUGGAGACCGAGAUGUUCAUGAAGACCCUGUGGCAGUGGCACAAGGCAGAUGUGAACAUUGAGGGGGACAUCGUGCCAGCCAAAGUCCUCCAGAUGUUCCGGACGCUGGUGGAAAAUGCAGUGAGAACCUGUCACCUAUCAGGUAAAGUCACUGUGCUAGAAAAACGCACUACAGUUUGGGUUGCCAUGGAAACAUCCACAGGCCAAGUGGAGCUGGAGCUGGCCCCCACCGUGGAGAUCCCCACCGCCUGGCCCGAGAAAGCCCAGUGGCCUCGGUGUCUGAAGCGGUGGCCUUCCCCAGAGAGAGUGGAGUGUGUCAAGUCAUUCGGGUUUAACCUGGUGGCCCAGUCCAGCUAUCACUGGCAGCUGAGCUUCGCGCAGGCCGAGCGGGUGCUGCUGGAGCAGCUGGAUGAGGACGGCGGCUGCCGCAGGCAGUGCUUUCAGGCGCUGAGGCAGCUGAAGGAAGACCUGUGGUGUCCAGGGAGGAGGCCAGUCCUCACCACCCACCACCUGCAGAAUGUGCUCUUCUGGACUUGUGAGAAAUACCCCCACCUCAAGGACUGGCAGGUCUUCCAUCAAGCACUCCUGCGCCUAGUCCGGAAGCUACACAGAUGUGUGAGCCAGCACUUCCUGAAGCACUAUUUUGUUCCAAAGAGCAACCUCCUUCAGUCAGCUAACCCAAGUGAGCUCGACACUGUGGCCCAGAGAGUGGCCCUUUUCCUGAAGAAUCCACAGGUCGAGCUGCCCUGAGAUGGCUCAAGGAAUCCCGGCUUCGUUCCUUCCUGCUUGACUUCCUUCUCAGGGUGGUUCCUCUGUCCACAGCCAGGAUCCUGUGCUAGAGAGAGGCCUGCCAGUGACAGAGAGCCCAUCAGAGACAGAACUGCUCCUGCCUCAGGCCACACAAGCAUUUCAUCUUCCUUACCUCCCUUGGGGAGAGCUCUCAUCCAGUUCCCCAGUGACUGAUUUUCCUUGCCCGUGAGAUGGGCUCAGGGCAGGCCAGGCAUUAGCCUGCUGCUAGUGAGUUCCCCAGCUGGCUGGACCAGAACCAGUACAACAACAGACAGUCCACCAGCAAUUGGCAUCCUUUAUAACUCUCUGUGCUCCAGCUCCAAACAGAGGCCAGUGGUCCAGGCUCCUGAGCUGUUCUCCUGUUCUUCUCUCAAGUGUGGGGAGUCAUCGUGAGGCUGAGGGAAAAUCCCAGAGAAGAUGCAGCUGGAACUCUGUCACCUGACUCGUCACAACCCUCUCUGCCACGGUCAAGCCUAGAACUUGCUUCCCUUUCAGGAAUGAGCUCUGCUGUGGCCUUGCACGGGUCCACCUCCACGUCCUUCAUGUCCAUCCAGAUGUUAGCUCAACCCGUUCACUCACUCACUGACACGUAAAUCCUGUAUUCACCAGGCACUGAGAAUACAGGAACGAACAAGACGGACUCACUGGAGAAGACAGGAAGCGAACAGCAGAUCGGUGAAUGAACUCCAACACCACACCCAGGAGGAAGAUCCGGAGGGAGAGAGAGUGGACAGCUAAGGGAGGCCAGAAUGGCCACCUCAGGCAGGCUGGGAGGGAUGGGUAGGUGGGCGUCCCCGGCUGUGUAAAGCUGGGGUGGAAUCCAUACUGUGGUAUCCUGGUAUCAAAGGUGCAACAUUUACCUCCAACAAAAACAAAGACUUUGUAGUCUGAAGCACAUUUCAGAUGGUGGCUCUGGUGACUGUGUCUGGUGACACUGAGGCCCCUGCUCUUCCUCGUUCAGGGUCUACCAGCCCCACAGCGUCACACAUCGGCCGUCUGAGGCCACACCCUUAGAGCGAGUGGCUUCCUUUGGCAUUUUCUUAAGCUUCUCAACUCCAGGGAAUCCUUUAUGAAUUGUCAACAUUUUCCCCAAAAUAGUGCUUAACAAAGUAAUAUUCUUAAAGACACAAACACUGCUUUGGAGCCUUUGAAGAAGCCCUCAUGCGACAGACUGGGCUUUGACGUUCUGAGCAUGCGCCCUGCCAGUGAUCUGCACUGACCUUUUAUUUAGAGGCUGGAUCUCACGAAGUUGCCCAGGAUGGCUCUAU